AUGGCUUCUACGAUAUUUGCAACCGAGAAACGGGGCUACGGCGGCCCAGAAGGUUCGCUCGGAAUUGUAAAGCAAUUAAAUAUGUAUGCGGAACUAAAAGGGCAUAACGAUCGUGUAAGCAGCAUGGAAUUCAACUCCAGCGGUGACCUCCUUGUGUCAGGGUCUUAUGAUAAACAGGUCAUAUUUUGGAACUGGGAAGCUAAAUCUAGAAGACUCUCUUACGAUCCUGGACACCCGGAGGAGGUAUACCAAACCAAGAUAAUGCCUUUCACGAAUGAUCGGAGAAUACUAACUGCAUGUCGAGGUGGUCAGGUGAGGCUAGGUGAGGUCUCAAAGGAUGGCCAAGUUCAUACAAAAAGAUUGGGAUCUCACAGAGGCGCUGUUCACAAGCUAGCUAUAGAGCCUGGAAACCCCAACAUACUUUACAGCUGUGGUGACGAUUCUUUUAUUCAACACUUUGAUCUGCGAAACAGUUCUGCUACUAAGCUAUUCAGUUGCAACAAAUUGAUAAGAGGAGAGCCGCAUCCUGUCAUGUUACAUUUGUAUCAGAUGGUAUUCGACCCAUCGAAUCCAAACUACUUUUGCCUAGGAGGCAAUGAUGCAUAUGCACGCGUCUACGACAUAAGAAAAUGCUGGCAGGGCGCAUCUAGUAGUAUGGUUGAACCUGUGAACACAUUUUGCCCUGCUCACCUGAUUCAUCCAGACCAUUUUAUGAUCACAGGGUUGGCAUACUCCGACUCCGGUGAGCUGCUUGUGAGCUAUUGUGAUGAGCUCAUUUAUCUUUUCCAAAAGAAUAUGGGGUUGUGUCCCUCAUCAUUCCUACCUGAAGAUAUGGAGAAGCUUGACAAGCCGGAACAAUUCGUUGGUCAUAGAAAUGCACACAUAUGUAGAGUGAGUUUCUUUGGGCCUAAUGAUGAGUAUGUUAUGAGUGGGAGUUAUGGCGGCCAUAUCUUCAUAUGGAAGAAGAAUGGAGGUGAACUUAUUCGUGUUAUGACCGGCCAUUCUCCUCAUGUACAUGACACUCAGCCGCAUCCACAUAAUCCGGUCAUCGCCGCCUGCGGAUCGGGAUACAAUCUAGAGCUCUGGGCUCCUAUAACAAAUGAUGAUGCAUCUCCACUGCCUGACGACAUUACACAGAUUAUGGAGUCUAAUCGUCAAGCUAGAAGUGAUUUUUAUAUGCCGAUUUUUCGCUAG